GUUGGAUUUACACUUUGCAGUUUGAGCACUUGUUCCUUGUUGAUAUGCUGUAGUGGACAGAACAAAGAGGUUUCCCACAGAGCUUUGGUUAGAUGUCUGCGCCCUCUGCUGAUGAGUCAGGGGACGAGGAGCAGGCAUCUCAGUCGGACCAGGCCGAGGUGCAGGGGACCCUGAAGCUCUUGGGCAGUAAACUUGAGGACCUGAGCACCUGUAACGAGCUCAUCGCUAAACACGGGGCUGCACUGCAGAGGUCUCUCACUGAACUGGAGGCUCUUAGGGGCCCACUGGAGGGCUCCGAGAAGAUCAAGGCCGUCAACGAGAGGGCCACACUCUUCCGCAUCACCUCCAAUGCUAUGAUCAAUGCGUGUCGGGACUUCCUGGACCUGGCAGAGAGCCACAGCCGAAGAUGGCAGCGUGCUCUGCAGUAUGAGCGGGAGCAAAGGGCCCACCUGGAGGAGACCAUUGAGCAGCUAGCCAAACAGCACAACAGCCUGGAGCGCGCCUGGAGAGAGAAGCCCAGCCACCCCAGCACGCCCAGCAGCGCCCCCUGUCUGAGCAAGGAGGGGAGUGAGAGCGCGCCCAAAGAGGAGCCCAGUGACGAGGAUGAGGAGACCGAGUACUUCGACGCCAUGGAGGACUCGCCCGCUUUCAUCACCGUGACAACCAGUGACAACAUGCUGCGCAGGAGGUCCCAGAGUAACCUGAGUGGAGCCGGCGCAGGUCCCAACAGUGACUGGAGCCAGGACGACCAUGGCUCUCCGGGCUGUAACCAUGUCUCCAGUCGGGACCUGGGGCCCCGCAGGCUCCGGCGCACACACAUCCCAGACAAACCCAACUACUCCCUCAACCUGUGGAGCAUCAUGAAGAACUGCAUCGGCAAGGAGCUCUCCAAGAUCCCCAUGCCGGUGAACUUUAAUGAGCCCCUGUCCAUGCUGCAGCGGCUCUCAGAGGACCUGGAGUACAGUGAGCUCCUGGACAAAGCCGCGCGCUGCGAGUCGUCUCUGGAGCAGAUGUGUCUGGUGGCCGCUUUCUCCGUGUCCUCCUACUCCACCACGGUCCACCGCACCGCCAAACCCUUCAACCCUCUGCUGGGGGAGACCUACGAGCUGGACCGCCUGGACGAGCAGGGCUACCGCUCCCUGUGUGAGCAGGUCAGUCAUCACCCUCCGGCUGCUGCCCACCACGUCAUCUCACAGAGAGGCUGGACCCUGUGGCAGGAGAUCACCAUCGCCAGCAAGUUCAGAGGGAAGUACCUGUCCAUCAUGCCGCUGGGGGCCAUCCACCUGCAGUUCCACUCGUCUGGGAACCACUACGUCUGGAGGAAGGUCACCUCCACCGUGCACAACAUCAUUGUGGGCAAACUGUGGAUUGACCAGUCUGGAGACAUAGAGAUCGUGAACCACAGGACCAAAGACAGCUGUCAGCUCAAGUUCUCCCCGUACAGCUACUUUUCCAGGGAUGUCCCGCGAAAGGUGACCGGGGUGGUGUCGGACAGCGUGGGCCAGGCUCACUACAUCCUCUCUGGGACCUGGGACGACAAGAUGGAGAGUGCCAAAAUCAUCCAGAGCAGCAAGGGGAGCUCUGAGGGCAAGCAGAAGACCGUGUACCAGACACUGUCGCCCAAACUGCUGUGGAAGAAGUACCCCCUGCCGGAGAACGCAGAGAAGAUGUACCACUUCUCGUCUCUCGCCCUGACGCUGAAUGAGCCGGAGGAGGGCGUGGCUCUGACGGACAGCCGCCUCAGGCCCGACCAGAGGCUCAUGGAGGACGGCCGCUGGGACGAAGCCAACGCAGAGAAGCAGAGACUGGAGGAGAAGCAGAGAGCCGUGAGGAGGAGGAGGGAGGCAGACGCUGCAGACGCUCACGGUGAAGGCCGCGAGUACGAGGGCUAUCAGCCGCUGUGGUUCACCCAGAGACGCUGCUCCAUCACCGGGGAGAUCAACUACGUCUACAGGGGCGGCUACUGGGAGUCCAAGGACAAGCAGGACUGGAGGAUGUGCCCCAACAUCUUCUGACCCCCGCCCCCCUGAGCUGCCCACACCUCAGCUGACCUCAAGCCAACGCCCCGGCCUCUAGGGGGCGUACCUGCUGGCCCAUAUGCACUCUGCACUGCUACAAUAGGACUUCUCCAUGUGUUAAAAUGACUUGAAUUCAAUGAAUAAUUUUGAGACUUUGUGAAGUUUUUUAUGAUUAUUUCAAAGCAAAAAUAUUUCAAGUGGGAUUUUGUUACUCUUGAGUUAAGAAUUUGAAAAAUUGUAAACCUUAUAUUUGUCAAAAAGACUAAAAACAAGUCAGAUUUUGCAGUGCUAUUCUCAGUGACCAUUUGAAAUACUGACUACAUUCAACAGUAGAGAGUUGAGUAGGCACUUUCUCACUCCAGGAAAACAGUAUCUACCCACAAUGCCUUCUCUGAGUGAGUAGAAUAAACGUAUGUGCGUUCAGAGAACGAGCAGUUCCACUCACAUGAGCAGUGUAUGUAAACCCCAUAUCUUAUUUUAGACAAAAUGAGACAUAUUUUGUGAAGAGUGGCCUCUUUAACACAACUGUGAAAAGGUGAAGUGCGUGUUUGCAAGUGUGACUGACUAACUGCUAACUCCUGUUGUCAAAACUAUGACAGAGUGAUACAUGGGCUGGGUUUAGUUAGUUAGUGCACAUAUUAAAAUACACUUCACCACUUGACUGUGGAGAUCGAGCCUGGUAACUCCAGAUAGAACAAAAAAUUAGAAAAAAAAUAAGAUAAUAAGUUAAUAAGUGCAUCAGUAUUGUGGGUCUCAGGCAAGUGGACAGGCUGCUGCGAACUCCCAAAGCAGCUCAUGUCAUGACCCGUGAUGGAAAGAUGAGUACUUUGAAAUGUUUGUUUUUAGUUUUUAAAUAAUGAAUUAAUGAAUGGAUUUAUAUAGCUCCUUUCAAGACAUCCAAAUGAUUUCAGUUCAUUGUUGUGUUGUUGUGUUCAUUGUUGUCAUUCACUCCAUACUCAGUGGUGGCAAGUUGGUACUGUAGCCACAGCUGCCCUGGGGCAGGCUGACUGAAACAAGGCUUCCAAUCUGCACCAUCGGCCCCUCCGACCACCACCAUCACUCACACACACCACUUUCAUACUGAAAUGGGUGGGGGAAGUGCCUUGCCUAAGGACUGGUCCCACUGUGGCUCCUGAUUUUCCCAGUGGUCUCCAUCCAAGUACUAACCAGGCCCAACCUGUAUUAAAAUGUGUUGUAAUGUAUUCUGAUACAUGGUCCUAUCAGAGUACUGUGUUCUGAAUACUUGCGAUACUUUUACACAAGUUGCAUUACAACAUCAUUUAUGGUUAAGAUGAAAAAUUGCGAAAUGUUCCAUUUUUCUCAUUAAUACUGCACAGUUCAAAACAAAAAUUGCAUGAUGAAGCAUUAACAUGUAUGAUGUGUUUUCAUUUGAGAAAGUAACUGUAUUCUGAACACCACCAAAUGAAAAAGUACUGGAGUACAGAUAAUGAGUAUUCAGAAUACAUAUUCUUGGUACAUGUUCAGUUACUUCCCAACACUGGUCAUGACGAGGGAUGUCAACAUAUCUACUCUAGUGUUGUCUGUUAUUGUGGAAAGAAAUACUCCAACUGAACCAUUACUCACACUGUUACAGACACUUACAAACACUAUUACUAUUACUAUUACUAUUACUAUUACUAUUACUAUUACUAUUACUAUUACUAUUACACACUAUUAUAGACACCAGUACAGACACAUCAUGCUGA